AUGUUCUCCAACGUGUACGCUGCUUAGUACUCUACACCAAACCAAAAGGAACUACAAUGAAUUGAUAGCAAAAGCCGAAGAAUUUGAAGAGCCAGAGGCAACGUGUGCAUAUAAAAUGCUGACAGACUCCAGUAGCGUGGACAAAUUUCAUUCCAAUCUAAUUCUCAUUUUUCUUUGUCACUGUCUCUCACUAGGGCUGCUGCUGGUUUGUGUUUCUUCAGUCAAUUCCUUGAUCUUCUCAUGACAUGCUUGUUCUUAUUAUUCCGUCAACCAAAAUAACUGAGCCUACAUUUAUUAAGAAUAUCAACUACUUGUUUACGGAACUCUGCUUUACUCUGUUUUCCUCUGUUUUUUUGGAUAGAAGAAAAUGAAGUACCUGCUGGUAACGGGUGGGGUAGUGAGUGGCCUGGGGAAAGGAGUAACAGCAAGCAGUAUUGGGGUGCUUCUCAAGGCCUGUGGACUCCGUGUUACUGCCAUUAAGAUUGAUCCCUACAUAAACACUGAUGCAGGAACAAUGUCGCCUAUUGAACACGGAGAAGUGUUCGUCUUAGACGAUGGAGGAGAGGUGGAUCUGGACCUUGGAAAUUAUGAACGUUUCAUGGAUAUCAAGUUGACUCGUGAACACAAUAUCACCACUGGCAAGAUUUACCAAGCUGUUAUUGAUAAGGAGAGGAGGGGAGAUUACUUAGGAAAAACUGUUCAGGUUGUUCCUCACAUUACAGAUGCGAUACAAGAAUGGAUUGAGCGGAUUGCAGUGGUACCAGUUGAUGGAAAGGAAGGGCCACCUGAUGUUUGUGUCAUAGAACUAGGUGGAACCAUAGGAGACAUUGAAUCCAUGCCCUUUAUUGAGGCUUUAGGCCAAUUUUCAUACCGUGUUGGCUCUGGAAAUUUCUGUUUGAUUCAUGUGAGCCUUGUGCCUGUUUUAGAUGUUGUGGGUGAGCAGAAAACAAAGCCAACCCAGCACAGUGUUAGAGGACUGAGAGGCCUGGGUUUGACACCCAAUAUCCUAGCUUGUCGCAGCGCAACGGCACUGGAUGAGAAUGUGAAGGAAAAGCUCUCUCAGUUUUGCCUUGUUCUGGCAGAAAACAUCAUCACUCUCUAUGAUGUUCCUAACAUCUGGCAUAUCCCUUUGCUUCUAAGAGAUCAAAGGGCUCAUGAAGCAAUUUUCAAAGCCCUUAAUCUUCACAGUAUUACUAGAGAGCCUCAUUUAAAGGAGUGGACCUUAAGGGCUGAAAUCUGUGACAAGUUACAUGAGCCAGUUAGAAUUGCCAUAGUUGGGAAGUAUACAGGUCUUUCAGACUCCUACCUCUCUGUACUAAAGGCCCUUUUGCAUGCUUCUGUUGCCUACCGCAAGAAACUUAUUGUGGAUUGGGUCCCUUCUAGCGACCUUGAAGACGGAACAAAAAAUGAGAAUCCUGAUGCUUACAAGGCCGCUUGGAAGUUGUUAAAGGGUGCAAAUGGUGUUCUUGUUCCAGGAGGUUUUGGUGAUAGAGGAGUGCAAGGAAAAAUUCUUGCAGCCAAGUAUGCCCGUGAAAAUAAAGUUCCAUUUCUCGGCAUUUGUCUGGGAAUGCAGAUUGCUGUCAUUGAGUAUGCACGAUCUGUUCUAGGCCUGAAAGACGCUAAUAGCACUGAAUUCGAUCCCAAUACUAAACAGCCCUAUGUUAUAUUCAUGCCUGAGGGAUCAAAAACACAUAAGGGAGCUACCAUGCGACUCGGAUCAAGGAGGACAUAUUUCCAAGUAAAGGACUGCAAAUCAGCAAAAUUAUACGGAAAUCAGAAGUACAUUGAUGAGAGGCAUCGGCAUAGAUAUGAGGUAAAUCCAGAAAAGGUAGCAAUCCUUGAAAAUGCUGGCCUCUCUUUCACUGGCAAGGAUGAAACUGGUCAACGUAUGGAGAUUAUCGAGUUGCCUACUCACCCCUACUACAUUGGCGUUCAGUUCCAUCCUGAAUUUAAAUCAAGACCAGGACGACCUUCUGCUUUGUUCUUUGGGCUAAUAGAAGCAGCUUGUGGGCAGUUAGAUGCUGUAUUACAAGGCAAUGAGAGUAAGGAGAAGUUCAAUUGUGAAAUGGGCAAUCACCAACCUAACAAGAAAGUGUACCAAAAUGGGUUUGCUGCAAAGCCUGCAUCUAUCUUGCCCGAUGCUCUAUAUAGCAUUUGCAAUGGCGUGCACUCUUGAAGGAUGUUAUAAUUGGGUUAUAGUUUGUGCUGAUACUAAUUUUGCCUAGGGACUUGUCAUGCAGUUUGCUAUGUAUGCAGAGGAGUAUUGCAUUCUAAGUGCUGAAUCCCUACGUUUUUAAGGGCCAGCAUGUUGUAUUGUACGCUUGAAUGUUAUCUUCAGUUAAAAAUAUGCAUGUUUCUUUCCAUCAAGUAGUCCUAUAUUCUUGCAC